AUGGGCCUUACGAUGCACACAUGGAAGAAUCAAAUAUUAACGAUGGUGGCCAGCCCAAAAAACAAGAGUUGCCAACUGACGGAAAGCAGGCCUGGACAGUUGGAAUAGGAAGUUUUCUUAUAUCAUUGCUUUGCGGCUUACCAAAUUGCUGGGGCAUUAUGCAAGACCAUUAUAAGCGAAGUAGUACAUUUGCAUCGGACACGGACGUUAAUAUCAAACUGACAUUUGUCGGCGCUCUCUUCCAAGCAAUGGUACUAUCAUGCGUGUUUUUCAUAAACUUAAUCUAUUCCCGUGUCGGUUUCAGGCCUGUGCUUUAUACUGGGCUCAUACUGACAACUGCGGGCUUGAUGUUGGCUAGCUUAGCUACUUCUAUUUGGCAACUUUAUUUGUCAGUAAGCGUGUGUACAGGACUCGGAAUCGCGUGUUUCAGUACUGUUGGAUUGAGGAUUUUACCACAAUGGUUUGUCAAGUACCGGGCAACUGCCUUUGGUGUACAAGCAUCGACCUUUGCAAUUUUUGCUCUUAUUGUGCCGCAUAUCAUGGUUGCCAUAAACAAUGCGCUCGGCGCACCUUGGACAUACCGUGUACUUGGAUUUAUAUCGUUUGCUUUGAUCCUCUCAAGUGUUGUGCUUAUUAGAGAAAGGGUCCAGUCACCGCCAGUAAGCGUAAAAAAGCAAUUUGUCAGUCUUGUUCCUAUACUGAAAGAUCUGAACAUGAUGAUUUGGGUGGUCGUGGGUCCAAUUCAAAUGUACGCUUCUUAUACUGUCUUUGUAUUUAUUCCUUCUUAUGCGACAUUCAUUGGACUGACUGAAACACAAGGUGCAGCUACCAUAUCAGUCUUGUCGGCAGCUGGCAUUGUUGGCAGAAUUGCAGCUGGUAUAUGUGGCGAUAAACUGGGGCAUCUAAAUACGUAUAUUAUGUGCAUGUUUAUCUGCAUAAUUUCGAUCUUUGCUAUUUGGAUGUUUGCCAACAACUUUGGGGUGUUAUUGCUAUUCGCUGUUGUCAAUGGUCUGGUAUAUGGAAGUUAUUUUACACUAGCUGCACCUGUGGUCAUCAACAUCCUCGGCUCAAUGGAGAAAUAUCCUGCCGCUGUUUCUAUCAGUAUGCUUGCAUUCAUAUUCUUUGUACUAGGUCCACUCAUUGCAAGUGUUGUUGAGGCCAACAAUACUCAACAUCCCUUUCUUUACUGUAAGAUUAUUGCUGGAGUAGGAUACGCGGCCUGCGCUCUCCUCUCUCUAUUUCUUAAGUUUCGGUUAAAACGUAACUUUUUAGCAAAUAUUUAA